AUGUCAUCAAAUAACACUAUACAAGAAAUUGUGAGCAAAUGGGAAGAUACAACAGAAAGUGCGAACACAUCUGAAGUUAAACAAGAAACUGUGAUAAAAAGUGACGAUACAGUAGAAAUUGCCACCAAAAUUGGAGAUUUAAAAGAAGUUAAGCAAGAUAAUUCUAUAGUUAAAUGCAAAGGCGGACCAGAGUGUCAAACAUAA